AUGUCGUUCGCGGCGAACAUGUAUCUAUAUUUAGCUGAAGGUUAGUGCAUUCAGUCACUCCGCAUUCACGUGUCUCUCCUCCAGGAAUAGUAAUUUGUGUGACGAACAUCACCCUCAUCUGGUGCAUUCUUUCCGAUCACCGCAACCGACGACGGCGGGAGUUCCUCCUCGUGGCCGCUCAGGCACUCACUGACAUCUUCUACGGAGUCGCUUUCAUGUUAAUUGCUAAUCUUAGGCUAGGACUAUUCUAUGAAAACAAAUGUGCGUCACUGACUUGUCCAUGUUCCUUCAUUUUAUCAUUCCGUUACAGUAACUCUGACCGUCCCCACUUCCGACUGUGCCUUCAUUCCUGCCCUUUGGCUGCACAACUUGGCCACUCCUCUUCUAGGACUCCUUCCGCUCACCACUUCCAUCAACUUCCUCGUCUGUUCUGUGGCUCCUCUCUGGUACAUGAGAGCUACUCACAUUUACACACUCUUCUUGCUUUCUGGUGAGUUCCCAUUCCUGUUCAUUUCCUCGUCAUUUCACUUUUUUAGUUCCGCUCUCAGUCACAAUCUCCCUGGUCUCCAUAAAUGCUCUUCUGAUGGUCGAAAAAGAGAAUCCGAUCGCCGCUCUCUGUAUUGCUGCGAACGGAGCCGCGCAUCCGAUUGUCUAUCACGUAAUGCUCUUCUUCCGAAUAAUGGCCAACUUGGCAUCUGCCCUCAUCUACGGACUUAUUAUUUUGUACUUGAAAAAGGUGAGUUCCAAUUGAGUAAAUAUUGAGCACCUAAUUGUUCUCAGAACCACGGCGGAUCCCUCAGAGAGCUGUCCCCACAGCAGCUGAAAAUGCAUCGGAACGCCAAAAUCACCCUGGGACUGGUGACUACAAACUCAAUUAUUCUUCUUUUUUUCCCUGAUAUUCUACUUUUUGCUAAUCCGUGGAAUAUCACCAAAGCCUAUUCAACUCCGUUGUAUUCGAUGACUCUGAGCAAAGUGAGCACUUUUUCAUUGUGAAUUUACCCUCGCAUUCCUCGUUCAGACAAUGAUCAACUUCCUCAUUUAUAUGAUCCGUUAUCGAGAACUUCGGAAUAUAAUACUUCUGAAAGUGAUCGGAUGUCUCCCGAAGAAAUGGAGUGUUCCUCUUUCCGUUCGGGUUCGGAGUACGAACGAAGCAUCGAAUGCGCCCAAAGGGACGUUUGUUACGAGGUCGUCGGUGCAAAUUCGAGAAGGUUACAGACAAAUGGAAUAUCCGAAGCAUCCAGAGCAAUUACAGGUUCAUCGGAACAUCGGAAGAGCAUUAGAGGCCGGCGUUCCAGUUCUAUCAUCGCUUUCCCAAAGUCCAGAGUCGUCCCGAAUGUGAACGAAGUACCGGUCGGCCCGUAUCACUUGCCACCACUGCCCAAUCGGAGUUAA